CAGUCAACAAUUCCACCGUUGGAAGCUAGCGGCUAAUAUUGAUCUCUUUCAGCUCCGAUAAUUUGUUUUCCUCUUCGCCCUGGGACGCGAAUCCAAGCCGCGGAGCCGCAGGUUGGUCCACAGCGCCGUCAAAGCUGCAUGAUGACGGGUCCGGCCCUCAUGGAGCCGUCCUCCAAGCCCGGGUCCAGCCAGGUGUCUGACGUGGUGUUUGUCAUCGAAGGGACGGCAAACCUGGGGCCGUACUUCGAAUCGCUGAGGAAGAACUACAUCCUUCCAGCGAUCGAGUAUUUCAAUGGAGGAGCUCCAGCAGAAACAGAUUUCGGUGGAGAUUAUGGAGGGACGCAGUACGGCCUGGUGGUCUUCAACACGGUGGACUGCGCUCCAGAGUCGUACGUCCAGUGCCACGCUCCGACCAGCUCCGCCUUCGAGUUCGUCUCGUGGAUCGACAGCAUCCAGUUCAUGGGAGGAGGAGCGGAGAGCUGCAGCCUCAUCGCAGAGGGCCUCUCUGUGGCCUUGCAGCUGUUUGAUGACUUUAAGAAGAUGAGGGAGCAAAUAGGUCAGACUCACAAGGUGUGUGUGCUGCUGUGUAACUCGCCGCCGUACCUGCUCCCGGCUGUGGAGAGCGUCACCUACACCGGCUACACCGCAGACAACCUGGUCAAGAUCAUCAGGGAUAGAGGAAUCCACUUCUCCGUGGUGGCUCCCCGGAAGCUUCCGGCUCUCAGAGCUCUGUUCGAACGGGCCUCUCCCGUCGGGGGCGCCGUCGAGCCGCUGCCCGACUACAGCCAGGAUCCUUUCCACAUGGUUCUCGUCAGAGGGAUCUCGCUUCCCGUCCCUGCAGGUGGAGGCUCUGUCCCGCUCAAGCCGGUGCUCCCCCCUCAGCCCGUCAGCCAGCAGGUGGUGGGGCCGUCGCAGCCGGCUCCGCCCAUCAACCCCGCCCACCCCUACCACCAGAACCCGCCCCCCCCGACCGCGGCUCAGAUCGCCGCGCAGAUGGCCGUGGACGCCGCCAACAUCCAGAAGAGUCGCUUCCCCGGCAUGGGGAACCAGGUUCCGCCGUUCAGCGGCCAGCCCGCCAUCCCGUCGGUGGCCGGCGUGAAGCACGGCCAGCCCAGCAUCUCCACCGUCACCACGGCCUCCCAGUCCCUGCUGGCCCAGCAGGUCCCUCCCGGCCAGCAGCAGCCGGUCCCGGCGCCGGGGCAGCCGCCGGCCGCCCAGCAGCUCCAGCAGGCCCAGCAGGUGGCGCCGCCGCAGGCCGCCGCCAACCAGCCCACGGCGGCCGCGGCUCAGGCCGGCAUGGCCGGAGUGGCGGGAGUGGCCGGAGCUCAGGGCAACAGCAACGCCAUCGGACAAGCUCAAGGCGUGGCCAACAAGAUCGUGGCCUGGACCGGCGUUCUGGAGUGGCAGGAGAAGCCCAAAGCCUCGUCGAUGGACUCCAACACCAAACUGACCCGCUCGCUGCCCUGUCAAGUCCACGUCAACCAAGGAGAGAAUCUAAACACAGACCAGUGGCCUCAGAAGCUCAUCAUGCAGCUCAUCCCCCAGCAGCUGCUGACGACCUUAGGUCACCUCUUCAGAAACUCCCGAAUGGUCCAGUUUCUCUUCACCAACAAGGACAUGGAGUCGCUGAAGGGGCUGUACCGCAUCAUGGCCAACGGUUUCGCCGGCUGCGUCCACUUCCCCCACACCACGUCCCCCUGCGAGGUGCGCGUCCUCAUGCUGCUGUACUCGUCCAAGAAGCGGAUCUUCAUGGGCCUGAUCCCCAACGACCAGAGCGGCUUCGUCAACGGCAUCCGGCAGGUCAUCACCAACCACAAGCAGGUGCAGCAGCACCGGGCGCAGCUGGGCGGAGCAGGCGGCCCCAUGCAGCAGGGCCAGGUCCCCCCGAACCAGAACUUCAUCAACAGGGCUCCGGGCCCCAUCCCCGUUUCCCACGGCAACGUCCAGUCGCAGUCUGUGGUGGUGGGCAUGCCCCCCGUUAGUCAGGUGUCUCUGAUGGAGGAGCAGCAGAGGCAGAACAACCUGAUGACGAUGCGAGCCGCCGGGCCGACCAAUCAGCAGCCUCCGGUCAGCGGCGCUCCGCCCAACCAGGUGGCGCAGAGCGGCCAGGCCCCGCCCCAGGGCCAGAUCCUCCGCCUGUCCAACCCGGGAGCCAAUCCUCAGCUGCGGAGCCUCCUCCUCAGCCAGCAGCAGCCGCAGGGCGGAGUCUCCCACAUGUCGGGCAUGAUGUCCCACCAGGGACUGGGACAGCAGCUGGUCCACCAGGCGCCGGGCGCCGCCCAGAUGCAGGGCCAGUGGAGGCAGCCUCUGGCAGGUCAGAUGAUGAUGGCCGGGGGUCAGAGGUCGGCCGUGCCGCAGCCCGGGAUGCCGCAGGUCUCCAGCGUGAUGGAGGACGAGAUCCUCAUGGACCUCAUCUGAGACCCCCGAGGAUCUGAGACCCCCGGGACUCCUCAGAGUCCGGUUCAGACUGUUGAUGCUCUGGAAGCCAUUUUUCUUUCUACUUUGAAAACCUGCUGUCUUAUUUUAGUUUCUUUUUAAUUGUUUGGUUCUUCCCAGCAGCGGCGGUGAAUCAUGGACGCUCAGUAGUUCAUCACAACGAAGGUCAAGAAGAAGACAUUUUAUUUAUCCAGACAACACUUACAGUUUUACCACAGUUUUGGUUUUUUUUGUUUUUUUUUUUUUUGCUGUUCAAAUCGAGACUUCUGCUUCUGUUUUUAUUUGGAUCAAGUCAUUUUUUUAAGAGAAGCGGAGAAGAUCAUGAACUGUUUUACUUUCUGAAUUAAAGACGGUGAAGGACGG